UCAUAACCAUAUUCCAUCAUGAAAAUAUACGGUGCAAAACACAUCAAGAAAAAUGGUGACAUUAGCUUCUACAUGUCUUUGCAAUUCUCCUUCUUCACUUAUUCAUUCCUCAGAAACAAUCAAUCCAUCCAUACCCAAUUUCAUUACAUUCUCUUCUUCAAUUUAUUUCAAGAAAAAUGGAAAUUCGCUUGCAAGUCGUAGCCUUGGAAUUGUAGCUGCUACUGAAGGCUCUGCUAACAAAUCCAGUGGAAAAAAUGAAGAAAAAGAAGAAGACCCAUCAGUUCCUACAUGGGCUAAACCCGGUACGGAUGAACCUCCACCAUGGGCUAGAGAUGAAGCUCAGAAAGAUUCUUCAAGCUUUCAAGUUCCCUUCAUUGUUUAUUUGCUUGCUUCUGCUGUCACAGCAAUUGCAGCGAUUGGUUCUAUUUUUGAGUACACGAAUCAGAAACCUGUGUUUGGAAUUUUGGGUUCAGAUAGUGUUUUUUAUGCUCCAUUGCUUGGGUUCUUUGUGUUCACUGGCAUUCCCACUUCUGCAUUCCUUUGGUUCAAAUCAGUACAAGUUGCUAACAAGGAGGCAGAGGAACAAGACCGCAGGGAUGGAUAUAUGUAGCUUCUAAUAUUCAAUUUUUAGUGAAGUUCAUCCAUUUCUCCAAGAGGAGAGAAAAGAUGGGGAAGCAUCAUCAUAUAACUUUUGUCCCUGGAAGUGCACUAUUGUGUUUUUCCCUCUGAAAGGAACUUUAGCAUUGAAAUAUAUCAUAUGCAUUUCGAAUGUAAAUGCAUAGUGAUUGCUCUCAAACUAAUUGGCUCUUGGAACGGAGGGAAGUGAGCAGUAUGAGCUGUGAUGUCAAAUCUUGUAAUUGUAGUUUUGUGAUAAGAAUGGAAAAUGUUAAAUUAACGAGCA